GAGAGAGAGCCCGGCUCAGCUCGGCUCGCACGCGCUCACACGCUCAGCGGCAGCGGCGGAGAGAGGAACGCACACGGAGCGGAGAGCUCGGGAAACCCACUCAGCGGCUCUUCCAUUGCACGCGCCGUGGACGCCGGCAGAACGCGCUCGCGGACCCCUAAAGAUGUGGACGGAAGUCGGGAAGCUCGUGCUGUUCCACGUGCUGCUCAUGGAGCUGCACGGCGGUGAAGGAACUAAUACGAAGUCGGAGUGUGAAACGGGGCAGUUUCAGUGCAAGAACGGACGUUGCAUCCCGACCCUGUGGAGAUGUGACGACGACGACGAUUGUUCAGACAGCAGCGACGAGGAGAACUGUCCAAAGAAGACAUGUGCCACCACAGACUUUGCCUGUAAGAAUGGGCAGUGUGUCCCUGGCAGGUGGCGCUGUGAUGGAGAACCGGAGUGUGCAGACGGGUCGGACGAGGCUGAUGCAAUCUGCCGCCGACAGACGUGUUCGCCGGAGAAGUUUGAUUGCGGUGGAGCUGCCAGCAAAUGCGUUUCGUUGUCAUGGCGAUGCGAUGGAGAGAGGGACUGUGAGAACGGGGCAGAUGAGGACCAGUGCGCUGCAGAUGCCCAGGCGUGCCCCUCCAAAGACUUCCAGUGUCUCAACGGCAAAUGUGUGGCGCCGAUCUUCGUGUGCGACGGCGACGACGACUGUGGGGACGCCAGCGACGAGGUGAAGUGCUCGGCGCCCACCUGCGGCCAGCACGAGUUCCGCUGCAACGACUCCGAGUGCAUCCCCGCCCUGUGGAGCUGCGACGGCGACCCGGACUGCAAGGACAAAUCGGACGAGUCCAUGGAGCGCUGCAGUCGGAGGACGGAGCCCCAAAAACCUCGCUGCCCAGUGGGCGAGUUCCUGUGCGGGAGCGGGGAGUGUGUCCACAUGAACUGGAAGUGUGACGGAGACGCGGACUGCAAGGAUAAAUCGGAUGAAGCAAACUGUCCCCUGCUUACAUGCCGACCUGAUGAGUUCCAGUGUGGUGAUGGAUCCUGUAUUCACGGCACCAAGCAGUGUAAUAAGGUUCACGACUGUCCGGACUAUAGUGAUGAAGCUGGCUGUGUCAACGUUACAAAGUGUGACGGGUCCAGAAAGUUUCGCUGUAAGAACGGGGAGUGUAUAGACCGCAGCAAGGUGUGUGACAACGUGAAAGACUGCAAGGACUGGUCUGAUGAACCCAUGAAGGAGUGUGGCCUCAAUGAGUGUGUGGACAACAAUGGCGGCUGCUCCCACAUCUGCAAGGACCGGAGGAUUGGUUAUGAGUGUGACUGUCCCUCUGGAUAUCGACUCCUGGACAAAAAGACAUGUGGAGACAUCAAUGAAUGCGAGAACCCAGAUGCCUGCAGUCAGAUCUGCAUCAACUACAAAGGCGAUUACAAAUGUGAAUGCUACGAAGGCUACGAGAUGGACCCUGCCUCUAAGACCUGCAAAGCUGUGGGAAAGAGUCCGUACCUGAUGUUCACCAACCGGCACGAGAUCCGUCGCAUUGACCUGCUGAAGAGUGAAUACACGCAGGUGGUUCCCACGCUGAAGAACGCAGUGGCCCUGGAUGUAGACGUGUCCACCAACAAGAUGUUCUGGUGUGAUCUAUAUCAUCGUAAAAUAUACAGUGCUUACAUCAACAAGGCCAGUGACUCGUCACAGCACCUGACUCUUAUCGACUCGCUCCUCUCCCCCGAGGGCCUGGCCGUCGACUGGGUCCACAAGAACAUCUACUGGACCGACUCUGGCAACAAAAGCAUCUCUGUUGCCACGGGAGACGGCAGGAAGAGGAAAGUACUGAUAGCCACUGAGCUGAGCGAGCCGCGCGCCAUCGCAGUCGAUCCCCACCAAGGGUUUAUGUACUGGUCCGACUGGGGAGGUCAGGCCAAAAUUGAGAAGUCCGGUAUGAAUGGAGUGGACCGACAAGUUCUCGUGUCCGAACACAUCGAGUGGCCCAAUGGAAUCACUCUGGACUUGUCCAACAGGCGUCUCUACUGGGUGGACUCAAAGCUGCACCUGCUGUCCAGUGUGGAUCUGAACGGGGACAACCGCAAAGUCCUGCUGUCCUCCCAGCAGCACCUGGGACACCCCUUUGCCCUCAGCGUGUUCGAGGAUCGCGUAUAUUGGACGGACUUGGAGGAUGAAGCGAUAUACAGUGCAAACCGACUGACGGGACAUGACGUGGCAAAGGUGGCGGAGCACCUCAACAACCCCCUGGACCUGGUGGUGUUUCAUGAACAGAGGCAGCCUAAGGCUCCGGAUACCUGCAACAUGGGCAGUCUGCCCAACGGGGGCUGUGAAUACCUCUGCCUGAAGGCGCCGCAGAUCACAGACCACUCGCCCAAGUACACCUGUGCCUGUCCCGACGACAUGGAGCUGGGACCAGACAUGAGGCGCUGUGCCAUGGUUCGACCCAGGGCAACCACAACAGCUGCUCCAACCACCACCAUCACAACCACAACUCCCACUACAACAACCACCACCACUACAACAACCACCACUACAACCGGCACAACGGUGACCACCACCACGACUCCCCCCCCCACCACCACCACCACCACCAUGAGCUCCACCACGACCUCUGCCGCUACGACACUCAGGCCCACAACCAGACGCCUGACGACACCGGCUGCUCCUAAGACCCCCAGGAGAACUUCCACAGAGCAGCCUCGGACCCCCGUUGCCACGACUACGCAGACGACCAGUUUCAGCAGCACGCGUCGGGCAUCCACGUCCACGCACGCGCCCCUGUUGGGGCCCAACGGCAUUCAAAGAGAGAGCAACGGCAACCUCUCCCACAGAGCUGCGAGUGAUCACUACCUCAUAGGUAACAACAUCACUGUAGCUGUCCUGGGGAUUGUCAUUCCUAUUGUCCCUAUCCUUGCCACAGUGGUCAUCGGAUUACUCUGCACCGGCGGAUACCUGGUGUGGCGCAACUGGCGGCGCAAGAACACCAAGAGCAUGAACUUCGACAACCCGGUUUACCGCAAAACCACAGAGGACGACGACGACGAAAUCCACAUCGGGCGGCACAGCGAGUCCAUCGGUCACGUGUAUCCAGCAGUGAGUGGCAGCCACAGUCAGCCAUUCAUAGCGCUUCCUCUAGGGGGCGGCGUGACCGACAGCAACUCUCACUGGUACUCAGGGGCACCGAUGCUCUCCAGCAGCAAAUGAGGAUGCUCCGCAGAGGAAGUGAAGGAGUUUGGAGUAUUUGGGGUUUGGGAGGACGAGCGGGGUUUGUAAAACCAUUGUUGUACAUACAGGCCUGGUGGAGAGAUAAAAAAGCAGGCUUGCACACGCCCACAAUCUCACACAUCAUUUGAUGUAAUCGCUGAGAAAACCAAUCACACACCCACACAGGCCCUUCGCGAGUACAUGAUAUCCUCAUUUAUUUCACAAACAUCGGCAUAAUCAUACAGCGCAUAUGUUUAUCACCAUUCACCAUUCUCUGUUGCCAGCCAGCCGUCCCAUUUACUUGUACAUUGCGUGUGGUUAAUGAAGUGUUUGUUCUGUUGCUGUGCGAGAUGUUUGUUAUGAGGCCACAGCCUUCUGACAAAACUCUUUACACAGAUAUGAUUUAUGCAUAUCAUCUUUGUUUACAGAAGCAGCUGGUGCAAAAAAAACAAAAAAUAUUCUCAACGUGGUCACUAGGCAACAGAAAAUAUGUGCCACAAGAUAGCAUCCCUGUCAGAGAGGAUUUCUUUUUGCUGCUAAACACGGAAACAGGUUCAUUCAGACAUUAAAGGCUUAAAUGAUUACCGCUGUCCUGAUGCAAUGCAGCUAUAUACAAGAAAGAUGCAUGAUGAGGGGCCUCUUCAUGGACGUUUCCGUUCUUGGAAUACAAUUUUAGUGUUGGGAGAGAAGAAAGAGUAACCUCAGGGCGCUGGUUUUCUGCAAAUAUUGCAUUCUGCAAAUAUAUUUGAUUUAGAGUGAACAUUGUGACAUUGGCGUCACAGUGGGUGAUCAGAACCAAGGGAAGUCCAAAAUAAUGUGUCUUUAUUUGUUAUGUGUUUUUAGUGCAGUUGCAGAAAUCAUAAAUUUCCACAUUUCAUGUGUUACAGACUAUAUUGUUUUGAGAUUCACUUAUUAGUGCAUGAAGCUGCAUUUUUCUACAUGUCUCCAAAACAAUGCCAGCUGUGAUUUGCACAAAAAUGCACUUAAUGUCUCGGACGUGUAUGGCAUGUACCGAUUGAAUAUACUUGUUGUUUUAGAUAUCGGAACGCCAGCUGGGAAAGAUAGCCAAAAAGGAUUAUAGGGGGUUGGGAUUCUGCCGCUUUGAACGGUUGGCAUGGUAACACAGAUUGCUUUGUGUUGCUCCGGAGAAGAAAAGAGCCAAAGAAUUCUGGGUAUCAUUGGCAAGAUGUUACACACGGAUGUAAGGUGCACGACUGAGUCAGAUUAGGAUUCAAGGUCAAAUUAACAUCCACCCUCGGUAAAUGGCUGCAAGGGGGGACCGUACUCUGUCCCCCCCCUCAGUUAUAACAUUUGCAUUUACACUAAUCUAUUUUACUGUCCUUAUUUUGAUACGUGUUUUCUCUUCUUUGCUUUUGUGGCACCGCGGCCACUCAGACAGCCAGGGGAAUCAGGUUGGCAUUAUGUGGGCCAGAUAUUUGAAGCCGUAGGCGAGCAUCAUACAUUCCUUACAUAGGAUCAGCCUGAGACGGAGAGGAUGUACAAGGGGGGGUGGAGAACAGGAGGACGGUCAGUAAAAAAGCAGGAGAAUGGAUUCCAUAUGAACCUCCCGUUUCUCCUCUGGGUGCCGUCUGCAAUCUUCUCCCCUGAUGUCUUUCUUUAUUUCUCUUUGUGUCUUACUUCCCCCUCUCUCCUUCUCACACCUUCACCAGCCUGCUUUAGUAACAGUCUUUUUAUCUGCUGUUUGCAGCGCGUGGCACUCAGUCUGGAGGAUGAUGGCUAUCCCUGAGGGGGGCGGGGGAGCAGCCUGCCUCCCCCUCCCCAUUCCUACCCUGGCCCCUCCGCGACAUCACUACUAAGAGGCCAGUACAACGCAGAGGAGAAAGAGAAGGAUUCCUCAUUUUGCAUCCCUUUUUGAGGAGCAGGGAUGACAUAUACAUCUUGUAAAUCCUCCUUUCUCUCCUAUUUCCUCCACUGGAGUAACAUUACUACCACUACUAGCCACUACUACUUCCCUUAGUGCUAGUUUUUAGUAGUCUCCGUUCCUCUCUUCUCUCUGCCUCUUGUUAGAUGUAGUGGUGUGUGAAAUGCUGCUUGAUGAAUUUGUUCAAACUAACCUCAUUCGGCGGCCUCAGUGCACAUUGUAAAUAAAAGGCACCGUACAGGGGAAACGGCAUGUAUGAUUUUUAAUUAUUAAUAUUGUGAUGUUUUUAUUUAUUUGGAGAUAUGUUAUCUGAGUCGCUCAGUGCUACAUUAGAUUUGUUCAACUUUGCAAGGAUAUACAGUUGCAGGCAAGGAGGUUAUUUCUUAUUCAUGAGUUGACGCGACAUACUUAAAAAAAUUUAAACACCCUUUUUCCUACACCAGUCUCUCGUAUUCCACUCUUUGACACAUUAUGUAGCAGGCAGGCAAAGCUAAAUAUAGCCGAGGGGAAAGGAGAAAGUGAUGCGGUUCUCCAGAUGUUUGGAGGUAAUUUUGAGGUGAACGAGUUAGGGAGAGGUUAUUUUGAGGGAAUAGGAGGAUUUGUGCCACCAGAGGGUAGUGCCUAGAGGCAAUAAGCAGCGAUAGGUAAUCCUUUCUCCUGGUAUCAGAUGUUCAGUGCAGUCGAUAAUCAAUUUGGGAUUGUUUGUUCAUUUGCGGUGGGUGUUAUGACUCUCACAAGUUCCUGACAUUUUGUUUGCUCCCAAUUAAUUACUGAUAAAUAUAUCUACUUACACAAACAUUAACAAUAGACAACUGCAAAGUUUGAGUAUUUAACACUGCAUUGGUUGCACGCUAGACAGUAGCUCCAAAAACAACACUUAGCUUUUGAUUUGCUGUGACUUUGCGUCACAACUUCUCCACGGUUAUCAACCCGUUUCAGUGGCCUCACGGCGCUGCAUUUAACCUCAUCUUUUAAUAACGUGGCAGUGUGUUUUCUUGAUGAGAUAUAGUAAAAAGAAAAACAGCCUACAUUUGGAAGUUAUCACUUUACGCUGUCGCUGACUGCUCAGCGUUGUUAAAGGCCUUGUUUUGUGAGAGCAGAUGAGUAACACACCGAGGCCGACUGAGCCGAGCACUGAUUUGAUUUGAAGGCUGGGUAGUCUUCCAUUGGCUUGCUGCAGACAAGCUUCCAGCUCAUAGAAUCGGAUGGCUUUUUUCCCCUGCAAGUAUCGCAAUAAUUGCUCAUACUGCAUCAAAGGAGGGAAUUUAUGACGCGUUAAUAUGAUGGCUGUUACAAGUAGUUAGGGCAGAAUAACUUUCCUCUUGACUUCAUUUAGUCUCAAUAAAGGGUUUCUCAAAUGUGUCACUUAUAAAACAUUAUAUAAUGUAUAUCAGUUACCUGAAACACUGGUCUUCCAUUCCCAGAAUAACAGAUUUGAAUGAUGUUUAUCAGCGGAGCUGACCUAACAAAUGCUUUCCUUCAUCACAUCCUCGGCCUUUUUUCAGUAAACAAAAACACGUAUAGAACGCAACUCUUCUCUUCCGUCUUCCAACUUACCGGGUUGCACUACAUAUGUAUUUGUCUUACUAUAGAGACCGGUUGUGCAAACGGUUGAUCAAUGGUAGUUGUUAUUCGUGGUUCUGACUGUUUCCUGGAAAUGUUUGCAGAGUGUAGAUUUCUCAGGUGACCACAGGAGGGGGAGCAAGAAAAAACGGUAGUCAGGAAAAGACAACUGUCCUGUAUGCAAACAAGUGUGUGCUCAGAAGAUGAAUAGUGGGCCAUUUAUUUUUCCUGAUUUCAGAUAAUGUUGCGUCGCUGUAUUCUGCCACUCAUUCCCCUUUGCCUCCUACGCACCGAUAUCUCGCUCUCUUCUCACAUUAUGAUGCACAGAGGGGGAUUUCUAUGUGAAGUAUGAGACAAGUGGCAUUCUAGAAGGUAAAUUAUAGUCCUCUCCAGCACUACACCCCCCUUUGUCAAUCUAAUGAAGGAGGUUUGAGCACAAGAGGAGGCUGUCUGCCUUUAUACUAACCUUGCACAGAUGAAGCCAAAUAAAAGGUAUUUGACUGCUUCGGUAGCAACACGCAGGGUUUUUUAUUUCAGCCCAACGUAGGAUUGAUAUAUAGGAAACCAUUUAAAUCGACACAGCUGCAUAUUGGUAUUAACUGUGUUCAUAUUUCAAUAUUUUCUGAGGGUACGAUGGCUAUAGGAACUGUUAUUAAUCCAAAUGUUAUAUUUAUAUUUAAUAAAAAAAGAUUAAGAUCCCCUGAAAGAUGAAACCAGUCAGAUAGCGUUUGUGAAUUGUAAAUUAAAAUAGAUCACAAACCUGCUGGUGAAUUGGAUCCUGAGCUCUGCUCUCCACGUCGCCCUCAUGUCCAUGCUGCAGGUCUUGUGGAGUUCUAUACGGAGGGUUUGCAGUUAGUAGGAGAAAUUGCUUAUUUAUUGAGGUGACUGCCCGUGGCAUUGUAGAAAAGUUAUUAUUGCUACAGUGUGAAGACCGAUUGGCUGGUCCACUUCGUGGCCACCUUGAGGGCGGCUGCUUCCACAGAAGGAUGCUGAUAGUCCACUUUGGGCUUUGCAUUUUUUCAAUUGUCAUUUAGUAAAUAAUAAUCAAAGAUAACUUGUUUCGACAAUAUGCUAUCUGGACAUUCUUGAUUUAAUAUUUUCAGGUGCCGUUAAUGAACUAAUCAAUAUCCUAAUGGCAGCGUAAUUGUAGUUUACUACUGGUCGGCUCCAUAAACACUAGUUCAGGAGAUGAAGUUGAGCACUCUCCCUCCUGUCGAACAAUGAAUUAUGUGUUUGUUUAUGUUCAUAUUCUGAGGUAACAUUCGUAUGUGGUUUUGGCUGAUUCAUUUAUAUAUUUAACUCCUGCACUCAAAGUAUUGUGUUAUUGCUACGAUAUCAAACCCUAUGAAAAACGUAACUUAUCUGCUGAGGCAAACAUCCAUUACAAGGUUGCAUCUGGUUAAUUUUAUGGGAACAAUGUUACAUUGUUGGCUGAUCUUAGCAAAUCCUAACAGCCAUGAUAACCCAUAAUCCAAUAAUUGCAUGCUGUAAUUAUAGUGUUGCUGUUUUGUGCUCCGUUAUUAACCGUACCGUCGCUAGUCCGUCUCCUCUCUGUGACCUUCCACUUGGCUGCUCGAUCAGAGAAUUUGACCAAUAAUGCACUGACUGCUUUAACGUCACUCACCUCCCUCCGCCGCUUCACUUCAUCACGCGUUCAGGUAUUUCUAUGGUUCUUCUAUCACUUCUACGCAUCUUCAUCUCAGCCAUCAACAUUGUCCCUUUGGCAAGGGCUAUCAAUCUGUGGGUAGACACACACACACACACACACACACACACACACACUGGAAGUACACACUGGAGAAAAUAACCUGAAACCCCCCCAAAAUGACAAGGAAACCCCUGGAGCUGUAAAAAAACAACAACUUCCCGAUUGUGAACCCAGAAAACGGGUGAACACGCCAAGGGGACCCCCCCCCCCCGAAGAGGCAGUUCUGGACUUGGGGAGGAGCCCAGAUUGACUCUACUUGGCCGGAAUUUAGCUGUUGUUAACCCAGUGACUUCCCGACAACUUCAACUGGUUCCUUUUUUCAAUCAUGUGUUUUUUGGAUUAUUAGUCUGUGAGUUGUAGUCGUUGCUCUUUCUCUCCUUCUCUAUCUCGCGCUCUUUCUCCUUGCCAAACCGUUCUGUUUCAUAUUUGAUCUUCUUGCUGUUUGAUUUCUCAAAGGAGUAAAGUUGAGUCAACUACCUUUUUGUACCAGUCAUUAUAAAAAUGAAGGUUGUGUGGAAGAAGACAGCAAUGGGGAAAUUGUGACGUCUGUGUCUAAAUCUUGAGUGUUGGAAUGAUGAUAUACACGAGCAACAUUUUGAUAAAUAUUAGUGUUGUCAUAUAUUUGGACAUUUUGUUGCAAUGAUUGAGAUGGAAGAUAAUCAUUGCAAAAAUAACAACGCAUUGGCUCCAAUAUAAAAAAAAAAAAAAAAACUGUCCAUCAAAAUGUUGGUUUCAUUGCCCGCAAGGAAAUGUGAAACAUUUGGCGCUCAGUCCAUUCCACAGCCAUACGACAGGCAUUUUUUUACGCUGUUUGUUGCACAAAACUUUUCAAGAAGCCUUCUGCACUGUGUAAAGAGAUCACGUUCUUAGGAGGGGAGGAAAUAAAAGGGAGGGGCUUGGGAUCAAAUGGUACAGUCCAAUGGUUUUGAAUCAUGACUUGUAAAUAUGUUUUCAUACAGCAAAAACCUUUUGAUAAUGUUUUAAAUGUACCUGUAAAACAUAUGUACAUAAAGCUGUGGGGGGAAAAGGAGUGUUGACAAUAUAUGAAUUUAUUUGUAUUCUAGAGCACUGGAUUUAUUUACUACUUGAUUGUAACUAAAAAUUAAUAAUCUGCCAAAGUGUUUUUAUUUUACUUUUUCUCCUGUCUGUUCCAUUUGUUUGAGAUUUUGUCUUGCUUUUUUUUGCUUUUUAACAGCGUUGCAGAAGUUUAGGGUUCAUAAUGUAUUUAAUUCUGUUGAAUAGCUUUUGUUGUGUCUUUUUAAAAAAAGAGGUGUUAUCAUUUUAAUUUAUUGGUGCCUUGUUUUGUGCUCCUGUAUACUUUCACUCUAUCUGUUUUUCUGUGUUGCGUGUCUGCGGGACGGCGAGGGAGGGGUUAACUGGCGGGUUGGUGGGGAGCGGGGGUUAAAACUUAGCAACUUCUGUACUUACAUGGAAUAUCUGUACUGUAUGCCAAAAUGGUCUCGAUCACGUUUCUAUGAAAUCAAGCUGUUGAUAAAUAUCUCUAUAUAUUGAUAUAUUAAAUUUAUAAAAACUGUCCAAGCUA